GGUGGUGGAAUCUGCUCUGCAAAGACAAACACAUGUGAAAUUAUUGAUCAGGUAGGGCAAACAGCUUAUUUUGCCGGCUCGCGCCUCAUGAACUCGUCGACGGGAUUAAAAAUGUCAGUUAAUUUCCUCCGGGUUGUGUGAAUUUAUGGAAACAUGUCAAAGAAACGGGGCAGGAAGCGUAGCAGUGGAGAGCUGAGUGAGAGCUCAGCGUCGACCCUGAGCCCAGACCCUGACAACCUGCUUGGCCGCAGGAUUCAGCACACCUGGAGGGAGAAGGGCAACGUGACCAAGUGGAAAGGCACCGUUCUGGAGCGCCUAACUGUGAACAGCUCCCUCUACAUGGUCAAAUACGACGGCUUUGACUGUGUGUACGGCAUCGAGCUCUUCAAAGACAGCCGGGUGUCGAACCUACAGGUGUUGACAGAGAAAGUUGUAAACAAUAAAAUCAAGGUGCCUCCCGGGGCAGAGGAUCUGGUGGGCCGGGCUGUGGAGCAUCUGUUUGAGAAGGAGGAUGGUGAAAAGAACGAGUGGCGGGGCAUGGUGCUGUCCCGAGCCCCCAUCAUGACCCACUGGUACUACAUCACCUAUGAGAAGGACCCAGUGCUGUACAUGUACCAGCUAUGGGACGACUAUAAGGACGGAGAUCUACGUGUCCUGCCUGAAUCAGAGAACAAACACCUGCUGCCAGCAGACAGGAAGCCAGGUGAGGAGCCAGAGAGCCUCGUGGGUAAACAGGUGGAGUACGUCACAGAUAACGGCCUGAAGAGGACAGGCUUGGUCAUUUAUCAGGUCCCGGCUAAGCCCACGGUAUACUACAUCAAAUAUGACGAUGACGUCCACAUCCACGUCUACGAUCUGGUGAAGACCACCUAGUACUGACUGUUUGGUCUCAUCUUCAGCUGACGGCUCAUCUCUGACCCGACCAGUCGUUACCUGUGAAAGUGUUAGGGAUUUCAGUUUUCCUCCAGCAGGAGGUGAUGUGCCGAAGAUCAAAAGCCCCGUCUUUUUUUUGUUUGUUUGUUUGAAUUUUUUGGGCCUCUUGGCUUCUUUCAUUCUCACCUCAUGAGACAUCUUGGUUUUUGAUUCUUAAUUUUUCAGUUGACCUUAAUGUAUGACUAUUGGGUCCUCUUCUGUGUACAUAAAGCAGGUCUGAGACCAUGUGUAUAGCCCAGCAGAUGAAAUGGAGCUAGACAUUUGUUUCGGUUGAAUCGCAAUUGUAUAGUGCAACUUUCAAACUCCAAAUUCAUACUUUUUGUAAGCAACACAUCAAACUGACACUAAUUCAGCUUUCUUACCUAUACCUCUGUGUUUUACUCGUAUUUCAUUUCACUUUUAUAUGCCUGUGCUAUUUAUUUCAUCUGGAAUAUCUGGCUGUGUUGCUGGUAACAUUUUGGCAAAACUUGUCUUCUGUGUUUUAUAUGUGUCACUGGGUAGGCCUCAAUCUGUUGAAUAUAGAAGUGAUAUUCA